CACAAAUAAUAAUUCAGAGAAAUUGCUUUCAAGGCAGUUCAUCUCCAUUUGUUGACAUUUAGUGGCUGACCUGAAAGCCUGAAACUUAUCCUCUUCCUCUCUCCUCCAUGGAUACCCUGUCAAGCUCUGUCUCAACCCUCAAAAUCCCUACCCUUCUUUCAUCAACAUCAUCUCGUGAGCUCCAUCAAUUCAAUCGUCAAAGUCCCAGAACACACAAACUUCCUCCACAAUCCCACCUUCACUCCACCACCAAACCCAACUUAAUCUCCAACAAAACCCCUUCUUUCUCUCACAAGCUUGUCCCUUUAUCUUCAACCCCCUCAUUCUUGAACUCCUCUGCAACCCUCUCUCUCAAUUCUUCAUCAUCUUCUGAUCUCCAUAGAAAACCAGCAACUGGGUAUGCCGCUGCUCUGCUAGACAUAGCUCAAUGCAACAGUUCUGUUCAUUUGGUUGAGAAGGACAUUCAGAGGUUCUUGAAAUUGCUCCACAAUAAGCAAGUCCAAGCUGCCUUGGCCAACCCUUUUGUGGGUGAGAAAGAAAAGGGCCAAGUAGUGAACUUGGUGGCUGAGAAAGGGAGAUUCAAUAGGCAUUUGGUGGGUUUAGUGAAGAUGCUGGUUAGGAAAAAUAAGGUGGGGAUUGUGAAAGAAGUGUUGGAGGAGUUCCAGAGGAUUUUCAAUGAGUUGUCUGGGACUGCUAUGAAGGUAAAGAAUUUGGUUCAUGAAAGCUUACUUUCAUUUGAUGUAUGAUGCCAUAAGCAAUCCAAAGAAUGUAAAGAUUGCAACUUUACAAUCUAUGACCAAUGCAAAAACUAGUUGUGCUGUAUGAAUGCAUAAUAUGGCUGUCCAACAUUCAAAUUGGAUAUCCAAAUAAGUUUGUAAGCUCAUCAAAGCCUAUAUUUUUCAUAAUGUUCUGGAUAUUCUUGGU